AGAUGCAAGUACUGUCCAAAGUAUGUGGAACACAAAAAGAUGCUUCCCCCAUCAUCAUCUGAUUGAUACCAUAACAAAAUUCGUGGCAGGAUCCACUGCCAUAGUGCUAAGAAUCCAAGACCUCAUAAUCAAACAGAACUAGUAAGAAGUACCAACACCUUAAUCUCCCUUCCUUCAUAUUUCAAAAUGGGCAGGUCCCUGGUCUUCUCUACAAACUUUGCUCUGAGAUUUUCUCAAAAACCCAGAUCAAUUUUACCCCCUAGUUUACCAAGCCACUCUAUUUCCCUCAACUCAAGGCAGCAUGGGUCUCAAAGAUUUGGACUUUCAAUUUCCAAACCAACAAGAACUCUCUGCACCAAAGCUGUGCUAUCUGAAAUUCCAAAUCAGAAGCAGUAUGUGAAGGUGGGUGCCCAAUCAGUUGGGCCCAUCCCAGCUAGUCAGCUCAUCGAAGUUGUUGAGAAGGCUGCUAAGACUGGUGCUGAGGUUGUGAUGGAUGCUGUUAAUCAGCCUCGUAAUAUUACCUAUAAGGGACUUACUGACCUGGUUACUGACACAGAUAAAAAGAGUGAAGCAGCAAUUUUAGAAGUUGUGAAAAAGAACUUUGGAGAUCACCUUAUUCUUGGAGAGGAGGGUGGAAUUAUUGGAGAUACAUCUUCUGACUAUCUGUGGUGCAUUGAUCCAUUAGAUGGAACGACAAAUUUUGCACAUGGUUACCCUAGCUUUGCAGUUUCUGUGGGAGUUCUAUUUCGAGGAAAACCUGCUGCUGCUGCUGUGGUAGAGUUUGUCGGAGGCCCAAUGUGUUGGAAUACUCGCAUCUUUUCUGCUAGUGCUGGUGGGGGAGCAUUUUGUAAUGGCCAAAAGAUUCACGUGAGUCAAACGGAUAAGGUGGAACGAUCUCUUCUUGUUACUGGGUUUGGUUAUGAACAUGAUGAUCCAUGGGCCACGAACAUGGAACUAUUCAAAGAGUUCACUGACGUCAGCAGGGGUGUCAGAAGGCUCGGUGCUGCUGCAGUAGACAUGUGCCAUGUAGCUCUUGGGAUCGUAGAAGCAUACUGGGAAUAUCGACUAAAGCCAUGGGAUAUGGCUGCUGGUGUUUUGAUAGUUGAGGAAGCUGGAGGAGUGGUUACCUGCAUGGAUGGUGGAAAAUUUUGUGUAUUUGAUAGAUCUGUUUUGGUAUCCAACGGAGUGCUGCAUGCCAAGCUUUUGGAGAGGAUUGCACCAGCAACUGAGAAGUUGAAGAGCAAAGAAAUUAAUUUCUCAUUGUGGUAUAAGCCUGAAAAUUACAUGACAGAACUUUGAUGCUCUUGAGAAUUACCUACUUUUUUUUGGCCAAGACUGCUGGAAGCAUAAGAAAGGGAAGGCCAGUGCCAGUAACGUUUGUCGUCAGCCCAAGUGAUUGUGAGAUCCCUUGGAUACACCAUGAAGCAGUUGUUGGACUUCUUGUCAACCCAGUACUUCUGUAAUAAUAACAGUAAUAGUGCUAAUACUCGAAAAAAGAAUAAUAAUUGAUAGUGAUGUUGUUCAUGUUCUUGUUGGUUGAUUUCAAAUUUCUUUUCUGAGGUGCGCUUGUUUAACAGUCGCACAAAAUCGAUUAGGAGCUGAAAUUCAGUAAGAAUGAGACAAUUUCACAGUGUAAAAGCAUAAAUAUGAAAUUUUUCAAAGUUA